AUGACUAUUAAUGCUGUUGGUCAAUCUUUGCCACCAGUUUUCAUAUUCCCUAGAGUAAGAAUGAGAGAUCUUCUUAUGAUUGGAGCUCCUGAGGGAAGUUUAGGCCUUCCUAAUUCAACACAAAGUACUUGGAUAAAUUCAGUACAUUUUGUUAAAGUGCUCGAACAUAUUAAAACUCAUACUAGGUGUACUAAAGAAGACAAAAUAUUGCUUUUAAUGGACAACCAUGAGUCUCAUUGUUCACUUGAGGCUGUUACUUAUGCAAAAGAAAAUGGUAUUGUGUUGGUCACAUUUCCUCCUCACUCACAAAACGACUGGCUCACUAAUAAUCCUGGAAAAACAAUCAGAAUUCAUGAUUUACCAAGCCUAACUGAAAUAGCUUUUGUAGAGUCAUUUUCGGUAAAAAAUAUUGUUAAUGCAUUUGCCAAGCCUGGGAUCUGGCCAUUUUCAAGGUUAGCAUUUAGUGAAGAUGAUUUUAUUGCAGCUUAUGUUACAGAUAGACCUGAUCUGAAUUCCACUCAAACUGACAAUUUAAAUAUUCAACCAGAUAUUAGUAUUUCUGGAAACAACCAACCUAAUGAAAAUUUAUUUGAUGUCACAAAUUCCCAAACACGAGUUCCUACUUUUACUAAUCAUUUAAUAAAUUGUACUCCUGAACAAUAUUGCACUAAUAUUAAUGAAAAUCCUGUAACAAGUGCAAAUUUAGAUUCAUCAAUAAAUGAAGAAGUUAUAUCACCAGAACAUGUACGACCAUUUCCUAAAGCUGCACCUCAUUUAAGUACAUCUAAAAAAGUAAAGAAAAAUCCCAAAAAGAAACUCUUUAGUAUUGAUUCCGAUACUAAUGAAAACGAUACUCCUAUGAUUUUAUUAAAUGAUAAUUCAGAUAAUGAAGAUUUAAAUUGUCCUGUUCACUUUGGGGAUUUUGUAUUGGUUAAGUAUGAAG